GUGCUUUUACUCCAUUGACAGAACAUGUGCUGCCGUAUUCCUCUUGUUAUCUGUUUAUUUUCAAAAAUGAAUAAAUUACUAUAUACGACUUUUUUGGUUUCACUUGGCUGUCAUAGAGAAGCACAGAUGGCUUUUGGGGUCUCUUGACCUUCAGACCUAUCACUCGUGUUAUGAAUCAUGGUGUGACAAAGCAGCUUGAUUUUGAUGAUUUGCUUGCUCUGCCAGCAGAUAUGGUUCCUUCAACAUGCCAUGAAAGGUUAUUAAGCUGCUGGCAUUCCCAACAGAGUGAUUAUUGCUCCAAUCCAUCACUUUUCAAAGCAAUCUUCACUUCAUAUGGGUGGCCUUAUCUUCGUCUGGGUUUACUAAAGGUUUUCAAUGACUGCAUUGGUUUUGCGGGACCAUUGCUUCUGAAUAAGCUAAUUCGGUAUCUUCAACAAGGUUCAGGACAUUUGGAUGGCUAUGUUCUUGCCAUAUCACUAGGCCUUGUAUCCGUCUUUAAAUCCUUUUCUGAUACACAAUAUAGUUUCCAUCUUUCAAAGCUAAAGCUAAAGCUACGAUCUAGCAUGAUGACUGUUAUCUAUCGCAAGUGUCUAAUGGUUAGCAUAGUAGAGCGGGCAAAAUUUUCUGAAGGGGAAAUUCAAACAUUUAUGUCAAUAGAUGCUGAUCGAGCUGUCAACUUGUGUAACAGUUUCCAUGACAUGUGGAGCCUGCCUUUACAAAUUGGUAUAGCAUUGUAUCUUCUGUAUACACAAGUCAAAUUGGCUUUCAUGUCAGGACUUGCAAUAACCAUCUUACUGAUACCAGUAAACAAGUGGAUUUCUGAAUUGAUUGCUAGUGCAACUGAGAAAAUGAUGAAGCAAAAGGAUGAAAGGAUUAGAAGGACAGGGGAACUUUUGACAAAUAUACGCACUUUGAAGAUGUAUGGAUGGGAGCUACUAUUUUCUAGUUGGUUAACAGAUGCAAGAUCUUUAGAAGUCAAGCACUUAGCUACCCGGAAAUACUUGGAUGCGUGGUGUGUGUUCUUUUGGGCAACAACACCAACUCUAUUCUCUCUAUUCACAUUUGGACUUUUUACAUUGAUGGGAAAUCAGCUUGAUGCUGCAAUGGUCUUCACAUGUCUAGCUCUUUUUAACAAUCUGAUUUCUCCUCUCAAUUCAUUUCCAUGGGUCAUUAAUGGACUUAUUGAUGCCUUUAUAUCUAUCAGACGGUUAAGUAGGUUUCUCUGCUGUUCGGAGCACAAAGUUGGAAUGCAACAGACGCCUAAUCUACCCUCUUCCUCAAAUGGCGGGUCUGAUUCUGUUUCUGAGGAUAUGGCUGUAGUCAUUCAUGAUGCCUGUUGUGCUUGGUCAAAGAGUAAUGAGGAAGUGGAAAAUUUAGUGUUAAAUCAUGUGACACUAGGUCUUCCAAAGGGUCUGUUGGUUGCAGUAAUUGGAGAGGUUGGCUCAGGUAAAUCAUCCUUGUUAAAUUCAAUAUUGGGAGAAAUGCAGCUUGUACGUGGAUCAAUAAAAUCUCAUGGGUCCAUAGCAUAUGUACCACAGGUGCCUUGGAUCUUAUCUGGAACAAUUCGUGAUAAUAUAUUGCUGGGGAAGUGUUUAGAUCCAAACAGAUAUUCAGAAAUUUUGAAGGCCUGUGCAUUGGACAUAGAUAUUUCAUUGAUGGUUGGACAAGACAUGGCUUAUAUUGGAGAGAAAGGAGCCAACUUAUCUGGUGGACAGAGAGCUCGUCUUGCUUUGGCAAGGGCUAUUUAUCAUGAUUGCGACAUAUAUAUGCUUGAUGAUGUCCUUAGUGCAGUUGAUGCACAUGUUGCUAAAUGGAUUUUGAAUAAUGCUUUCCGGGGUCCUCUUAUGAGCCAAAAGACUUGUGUGCUUUGCACUCACAAUCUCCAGGCUAUAUAUUCUGCUGAUAUGAUUGUUGUAAUGGAGAGGGGAUAUGUGAAAUGGGUGGGAAGUUCAAAUGACUUCGCAGUUUCUGUAGACUCUAUAUUAUCUUCAGUUGACAAAUUUGAUAAAUUGCAUAUUCAUGGCCAAGAAAGCAGACCUAGUACUUUGGGCAAACAAACUGUCCCCCAAGAGAUUGAUUCUAUGCAUCUCUCAUUGGAACCACAAGAGGUUAUUGAAGUUGAGGAGAGGAAGGAGGGUACAGUUGAACUUAUUGUUUAUAAAAAAUAUGCUGCAUUUUCUGGUUGGUUUGUUGCAGUUGUCAUUUUCCUUUCAGCAAUUUUAAUGCAAGCUUCUCGCAAUGGAAAUGAUCUGUGGCUCUCAUAUUGGGUUGAUACAACAGGAAGCAGUCAAACAAAACAUCCAACAUCUUUUUAUCUGAUUGUACUCUGCAUCUUUUGCGUUGUAAAUUCCUCCUUGACAUUGGUGAGGGCAUUUUCAUUUGCAUUUGGUGGAUUACAAGCAGCAGUUAAGGUGCACAAUACACUGCUUAAUCGGCUAAUUAAUGCACCUGUCCAGUUCUUUGACCGAACACCAUGUGGAAGAAUACUUAACAGGUUCUCUUCAGAUCUCUAUGUGAUCGAUGAUUCUCUUCCCUUCAUUCUCAACAUCCUUCUUGCUAAUUUUGUUGGUUUGUUGGGUAUUGCAGUGGUUUUGUCAUAUGUUCAGGUUUUCUUCUUGCUUCUGCUAUUGCCAUUUUGGUACAUCUACACGAAGUUACAGUUUUUUUACAGAUCAACAUCAAGGGAACUAAGAAGGUUGGACAGUGUCUCUCGUUCACCAAUAUAUGCAUCCUUCACAGAGACACUAGAUGGAUCCUCAACCAUACGGGCUUUCAAGUCUGAGGACUAUUUCUUGGCUAGAUUCACUGAGCUUGUGGCACUGUAUCAGAGAACUUCUUACUCAGAGUUAAUGGCAAGUUUGUGGCUUUCCCUGCAUCUUCAGUUAUUAGCAUCAUUCAUAAUCUCAUUUGUUGCUGUGAUGGCUGUCAUUGGAUCUCGUGGAAGUUUACCCAUUAGCUUUGGUACCCCAGGGCUGGUAGGAUUGGCUCUCUCAUAUGCAGCUCCGGCUGUUUCUUUGCUGGGAUCCUUUUUGACAAGUUUUACUGAAACAGAGAAAGAAAUGGUUUCCAUUGAGAGAGCUCUUGAGUACAUGGACGUGCCCCAAGAGGAACUCCAGGGAUGCCAGUCUCUCUAUCCCGGUUGGCCAUUGCAAGGAGUUAUUGAGUUUCAGAAUGUUACCAUGAAAUUUAUGCCGUCCUUGCCAGCUGCCUUGGAUGAUAUCACUUUUACAAUUGCAGGAGGGACACACGUUGGAAUUGUUGGAAGAACGGGUGCUGGAAAAUCUAGCAUCCUGAAUGCUCUUUUCCGCCUGAACCCAAUAUGUAGGGGACAGAUUUUGGUUGAUGGGCUCAACAUAAUCAAUGUUCCUGUUAGAGAUCUUCGGGCACAUUUUGCUGUUGUUCCCCAAAGUCCUUUUUUAUUUGAAGGAUCUUUAAGCCUGCCUCUGGUGAGUGUUCAUGGAUAGUUUCAUUAACCUUAUAAAAUAUUAGAAGACCUGAGAUCUCUACGCUAUAACUUGCUGGUUCUGUUUUUUGUUUUCUUAUUGCUUGAUCAAGAAUUAUAGCAAGGUGGAUUUCUUUUCCUGGAAAGAAAUUAUAAUAAUUACUCCUUUUUUUU